AGCUCACCUCCUUCUCUUUCAGUUUCCCAGCUUGGCAGGAAAAGAUCUGAUCCGGACUUUUGGUGUUUCCUCUGGUCUGGUUGAGUGUGCCGGACCCCCCUCCAGUUCCACCCACCGCUAAGCAACACAAACACACCACCAGUCCUCAUUUUCUGGAUCUGCUCUUUGUUAACAGAGCCUUUUCCCUCCUCUGCUUUUAUUCCAGGAGAGGGAGAGAGUGAGUGAGCGAGAGAAAAAGAGAGGGAGAGAGGGUGAGUUUAUCUUCUCCUUUUAAAGGAUUCGUUUCUGACUGAAUCUGGAUCUGGUUUGUUUUCCUUGCUCGGGGCUGCCGCCACCACUGCAGGAACAGAGCUGGUGCCCCUACUGAUGUAUUUAAAAACGGUUUAAACGUCAGGAACGGUUCAAGGUUUUAUCCACCAACCACCACCCGGCCUGUCAGUCAUUUUUUUCGCCACUGCAGUUUUCAAGUUGGAGCUCUGCUGGGAAAUGGACAAACCCCUCUAAACUAAAGACGCUUCCCAACCGUUCCGACUCAGCCACAGGACGUGAUUUGGACGAAGAUCCACGGAGUGGAGGGCUUCGUGUUUGCUGGUGAAAAGAAUCCGCUGUGGAGGAAACCAGCGAAGGACAAACAGCACUAAAUGGAAAAACAAAGACGAGAGAAAGGAAAAUAAAACCAGGAUUUUCUGUAAGAACUGCUCUAUGUAGACCUCACCAUCACCAUCCCGCCGGUUCAGUCAAGCGGUGUUUGAUCAAAGCCUGAGAGGACUUUUGGUUCGGGCCUACAGCUGUUAGCAUGCAGCCCAGAGAGGGUCAGCUGUCUGUGACCCCAGCUGCAGGUACUGUCAUCUGUAUGGAGCCGCCCUGUGGAGCUUGUUAGCUGUCUGAGCUAAUUGGAGGGUCUUCACUGCACAGAUGCUGACGCACUUCAAAGGAGUUCCCCUUCAAAGAGCAGACAGAGUAAAACCAGCAGAACAUGUUUACUCCACUGUUUCCAUAGUUACUGAGAGGAGCAUGCACGUCCAGAGAAGGCUUUAACGUCACAGUUUGUCUCCUCCGACUGCCAUCUAAAAGAACUACACUACCCACAAUUCCUGUGACUAAUAACAUAGCCAACGUUUCGAUCACUACAAACAAAGACAGUCAGAAGAACGACACUGCUGUGAAGAGGACCACCAUGGCAAACAACCCUGCAGACCACCCUCCGGGGAAUUCGGUUGCUGAGGGCAACCAUGAAGGGGACUUUGGGGUGAGCAUGGUGGACUUGAGGACCGUGAUGGAGCUGCGGAGCACUGAGGCCGUCAACAAGAUACGGGACACUUACGGAGAUGUGCAGGGCAUCUGCCGCCGCCUGAAAACAUCCCCUAUAGAAGGUCUGUCUGGUAACCCUGUCGAUUUGGAAAAACGUCACACGGCAUUUGGACAGAACUUUAUCCCCCCAAAGAAGCCCAAGACAUUCCUGCAGCUGGUGUGGGAAGCUCUGCAGGACGUCACGCUUAUCAUUCUGGAAAUCGCUGCAAUCAUCUCACUGGGUCUGUCUUUCUACCAUCCACCUGGCGGUGACAGUGAAGCAUGCGGCGCAACUUCGGGUGGCGUAGAGGACGAGGGCGAGGCCCAGGCUGGCUGGAUCGAAGGCGCUGCCAUCUUGUUCUCAGUCAUCAUUGUGGUCCUGGUGACGGCCUUCAACGAUUGGUCCAAGGAGAAGCAGUUCCGCGGGCUGCAGAGUCGCAUCGAGCAAGAACAAAAGUUCACAGUCAUCCGCAAAGGUCAGGUCAUCCAGAUCCCUGUGGCCGAGAUCGUGGUUGGAGACAUCGCUCAGAUCAAAUACGGAGACCUGCUGCCUGCUGAUGGUAUCCUGAUCCAAGGCAACGACCUGAAGAUUGACGAGAGCUCUCUGACAGGAGAAUCUGACCAGGUUCGCAAGUCUAUGGAGAAAGACCCCAUGCUGCUGUCCGGGACCCACGUGAUGGAGGGAUCAGGCAGGAUGGUGGUGUCAGCUGUCGGCCUCAACUCUCAAACAGGCAUCAUCUUUACUCUGCUGGGCGCCAGCGAGAACGACGAAGAGAAGAAGGUCAAGAAAAGUAAAAAACAAGGACCCCCCGAAAAUCGCAACAAAGCCAAGACCCAGGAUGGCAUUGCUCUGGAGAUACAGCCUUUGAAGAGUGAAGAGGCCGCUGAGUCUGAGGAGAAGGAAGAGGUCAAACCAGUGAAAAAGGUCAAUGUUACCAAGAAGGAGAAGUCUGUGCUUCAGGGAAAACUGACCAGACUAGCUGUGCAGAUUGGGAAGGCUGGUCUGAUCAUGUCAGCGGUGACAGUUAUCAUCCUCAUCCUCUACUUUGUGAUCGACACCUUUGGGGUCCAGGGUCGGCAGUGGUUAGCUGAGUGCACCCCCAUUUACAUUCAGUAUUUUGUCAAGUUCUUCAUCAUCGGUGUGACAGUUCUGGUCGUCGCUGUCCCUGAGGGGCUGCCGCUUGCUGUCACCAUCUCUCUGGCCUACUCUGUCAAGAAAAUGAUGAAAGACAACAACCUGGUGCGUCACCUUGACGCCUGUGAAACCAUGGGCAACGCCACGGCUAUCUGCUCCGACAAGACGGGUACUUUGACUAUGAAUCGGAUGACAGUGGUGCAGGCAUACAUCGGCGAUACGCACUACAAGACUGUCCCAGAACCAGAUGCUAUCAAGCCGGAUACUUUGGAAAUAAUGGUCAACAGCAUCUCUAUCAACUCAGCGUACACCACCAAGAUCCUGCCCCCGGAGAAAGAAGGCGGCUUACCUCGCCAUGUGGGUAACAAGACUGAAUGUGCUCUGCUGGGCCUGGUGCUGGAGCUGAAGAGGGACUACCAGCCAAUCAGAGAUGAAGUCCCCGAAGAGAAACUCUACAAGGUUUACACCUUUAACUCCUCCCGCAAAUCCAUGAGCACGGUGCUAAAGAACGCUGACGGAGGCUUCCGGAUGUACAGCAAAGGAGCAUCAGAGAUCAUCCUGAGGAAAUGCUCUCGUAUCUUGGACGCCCAGGGCCAGCCUCGUGUCUUCAAGCCCAAGGACCGUGACGAGAUGGUGCGAAAGGUGAUUGAGCCGAUGGCGUGCGAUGGGCUGAGGACCAUCUGUGUGGCCUACAGGGACUUUCCUGCUGAGGCUGGAGAGCCAGACUGGGACGCUGAGAAUGACAUCCUCAACGAACUGACCUGCAUCGCCGUGGUGGGGAUCGAAGAUCCCGUCAGACCUGAGGUACCCGAGGCUAUUUCUAAGUGCCAGCGUGCAGGCAUUACCGUGCGCAUGGUUACCGGAGACAACAUCAACACUGCUCGUGCCAUUGCGACUAAGUGUGGCAUCCUGCUGCCUGGGGAGGACUUCCUGUGUCUGGAGGGCAAAGAGUUCAACCAACAAAUAAGAAAUGACAAGGGAGAGGUGGAACAAGAGCGUCUGGACAAAGUUUGGCCCAAGCUGCGUGUUCUGGCUCGAUCAUCACCCACAGACAAACACACUCUGGUCAAAGGCAUCAUCGACAGCACAGUGGGCGAAACCCGACAGGUGGUUGCAGUGACAGGAGACGGUACCAACGACGGCCCCGCCCUCAAGAAAGCUGAUGUUGGCUUUGCUAUGGGAAUCGCCGGCACAGAUGUGGCCAAAGAGGCAUCUGACAUCAUCCUGACUGACGACAACUUCACCAGUAUUGUCAAGGCCGUCAUGUGGGGGAGGAACGUCUACGACAGCAUCUCCAAGUUCCUGCAGUUCCAGCUGACCGUCAAUGUGGUGGCCGUGAUUGUGGCGUUCACAGGCGCCUGCAUCACACAGGACUCUCCACUGAAAGCUGUCCAGAUGCUCUGGGUCAACCUCAUCAUGGACACUCUGGCAUCUCUCGCUCUUGCCACGGAGCCGCCCACUGAGUCUCUGCUGCUACGUAAACCCUACGGUCGGAACAAGCCCCUCAUCUCCAGGACCAUGAUGAAGAACAUACUUGGCCAUGCUGUGUACCAGCUCGUCAUCAUCUUUACCCUGCUCUUCGCUGGUGAGAACUUUUUCGACAUCGACAGUGGGCGAAACGCUCCCUUGCACUCCCCACCAUCAGAGCACUACACCAUCGUGUUCAACGUGUUCGUCAUGAUGCAGCUCUUCAACGAAAUCAAUGCCAGGAAGAUCCACGGAGAGAGGAACGUGUUCGAAGGUGUCUACAGGAACCCUAUCUUCUGCAGCGUUGUACUGGGGACCUUCGCUCUGCAGAUCGUCAUUGUUCAGUUCGGAGGAAAGCCGUUCUCCUGCACGGCUCUGACCAUCGACCAGUGGCUGUGGUGCGUUUUCAUCGGCGUGGGAGAGCUGCUGUGGGGACAGCUGAUCUCAGCCAUCCCCACACACCACCUGAAGUUCCUGAAGGAGGCCGGUCACGGUAUCACAAAGGAGGAGAUUCCCGAGGAGGAGCUGAACGAAGGCACGGAUGAAAUCGACCACGCCGAGAUGGAGCUGAGGAGAGGCCAGAUUCUCUGGUUCAGAGGUCUGAACCGCAUCCAGACACAGAUUAAGGUGGUGAAUGCGUUCCGUAGCUCCCUGUACGCGGGGCUGGAGAGCCCAGAGUCCCGUAGCUCCAUCCACAACUUCAUGGCCCAUCCUGAGUUCGUGCCCUUGUCCGAGGAGGAGGAGGCUCGCAUCCCCACCAUUAAGGAGACUGGAGACGAAAUCGACCCCCUCCCCAGCUCCUCAUCAUUGAUCCGGGGAGGAGAAGACUUGCCCACCACCUUCCCCCUCAACCUCGAUUAAUCCAUCUGAGUUCCUCCUCUCUCCUCUUCAUCAGCAUCAUCUGUCACCCCACCAACCGAACUGCCACACCGAGGAAGGGAGUCAUGACUCAUUCUGCACACACACAUGCUUCACAUCGUCUCCACCCCCCCUCAGUCAUUCCUGCCACGUUGUGUUUUUCAUACUGACUGUGGCGUCGUUCUGCCUGUAAGUCUGAUAGAGUCUCCACAGUGGAAGGCCUCUUCUAGUCCAUUCAUGUUUUGUUUUUUUUUCUUCCUUUUUUUUUUUUUUUAACUUGACAUUCUUUUUGAAAAGCUUUUAAACUUUAUUGGAUUCGAUCCUUGCAGGACUCGCAGCAGCAGCAUGUUGUGUUCUGUACUCGCUUCAUUCCUGCGUUCUCAAACGGCACCGAACUUUUCAAAGAGUGCAGUGAAUCAGAUGUACAUACGCUUCCGCUCUUCUACACAGCUAUAAGCCGGGUUUGUUGAUCAGAAGAUUUUUAGGCAAAUGCAAAAAUGUAACCUUAUUAUUAUUAUUGUUGUUUUUUGUUUUGUUUUGUUGGUUUUUUUAGACCUUGAUCUUGAUUUCUUUUUGAAACCUUCUAACGAAUGUCAAUCGAUGGUUGAUUCAGACUCCUGAGAAUGUCUUGUGAGUGUGACACUACAGCUUUCAAGGUUAAAAUAAUGUUUUUCCCUUUAUCGUGUCUGUAUGUGUUGCUUUUUUUUUUUUUUAGCUGCUGUGUUGCAUGUGGAAGAACAGAAUGUUUACUACCCAAAAAUACUGAAGACGGCAGCGUCUGGAGGGGGCUCGCUUUCUGCUCAGUGGGGGUUCUGACCUCAUCUCAUCCAGUCAGGGUUCUGGUUCUCUCUGCCCCUCCCCCAGUUUGUCCCCUGUGAGGAUAGGAAACGGGAGUGUGGUUCAUGUUUUCCGUCUCUAGUAGGAUGCAUGUUUUUGUUUAAUUCGUGUUGAGUCGCAUGAUAACGUACAGUAGGAAUGAAUAUUCGGGAUUCUGUUUCAACUUUGUGCGUCUGCAGCAGCGUCUGUUCAGAGCUCCAUGAGCUUCCUGUCUGUAGGACUGAACCUCCUGUUACCACGGCAGCCUCAUCGAUAUUCUGGCAGAGGAAACCAUCAGGGUGUUUAACACAAUCGAUACCCCGGCGUCCGCGUGUGUUUCAGAGUAGGCGAGUGCAAUAAAAGUUUCGGUAUCGGGGUAAUGCGAAGUCACAAAGCCCUGAAAUCCAAUGUCUGUCUCGGUGUUGUCACAACACAGGUAUCGCUGGUAAGAUGAGGUCGCUACACACACGGAAAGCCCCGAGGGCCAACGACAACAAACAAAAGCUGCAGCCUGUUUUUUCCACUGCUCGACCCCCACCGUGUCGCUCGCUCGCCACGUGGCUGCGACCGGCCCACUCCAAUCUCAUGUCGGCAGCUGUGCACAGAGAUGCUUUCAGCUAGGAGAGGUUGAAUACAAUCAAAAUAGUAAUACAUGGAUAGAGACAGACUAAAACACAUGCAUUCUCAUCUCUGGUCUUGUAAUACUCGCACCUGGACACCGAGGUUAAGUCGGUGCUCUUCCUCUGAGAGGAAUCACGGUUGUCCUCUCGAUACACCGGGCACAGGGACGUGACCCUUUGCUGACCAAAUUUAUGUCACUCCCAAGCAGAUGUUUGCAUACCGAUAGGUGUGAAAACUGUAACUCUCGUUUGUGUCUCCUCACUCUACACUCCGACAGGCUCGUAUUAGACAAAACCCGCCCACCAUCAGCAAGUUACAAUUGAUCACAACUAACUUCUUAGGGUAUUUGCUUAAAGAGUAAACAUUUCCUUCAGAGGAUGAAGGAAUAUUAACCUUUUAGUUUGUUCAAGGAAAAGUUUAGGUAAAGCAUUUCAAAUCUUAUUUAGUCUUCUACCCAUUUCUUAAAGAUCGUCUCUGUCAGAGGUCAGAUUGUACUCGUAGUGCUUCAUGUCUGGAUCCAUGAAUGUCAAUCAAUCAAUCAAUCAAUCAAUCAAGGCUUUAUUCGCCACGUGC